AUGUCCUGGCAAGCCUACGUCGACACGAACCUCGUUGGAUCGGGAAAGGUCUCGAAGGCUGCGAUCUUGGGACAGCAAGGGGGUAUCUGGGCCCAGUCGGCGGGUUACAACCUCUCGCAAGAGGAGCAAAACAACUUGAUCAAGAUCCACUCGGACCCGUCGAACGCGCAGGCGAACGGCGUCCGCGCGCAGGGACAGAAAUUCUUGACGAUCCGUGCGGACGACAGGAGCGUGUAUGGGAAGAAGCAGGCGGACGGCAUCAUCAUCGUCAAGACAAAGCAAGCUAUCUUGGUCGCAGAGUACGCGCACCCUACUCAGCCGGGCGAGGCGACCAAGGUUGUCGAGGAACUUGCCGACUACCUCAUCUCGGUCGGCUACUAA